CGCGGAAGGGUGGACUCCGAUCCCCAACGAAAGGACGAGGAAUUAUCUGGACUGAGAUCUCAGACUUCGGCCUCUCCCGCCAAUUCAACCGUAUCAAUCAAAACUGCUCAUAUAUGGCGACAUUCUUCGCGACGACGCCGUCGUAUUCUUCCACUCUGCAAUUCCUCCGUCCAUCUUCACGACGGCUCCCGCGUUAUUUGUGGAGUGGAGCUGUUAGGAACGAGAAGUUCAAUUCAAUUCCUUGUAGAAAAUGGGUGAAGUCCCGGAGGAGAACUUUGAUUUAUGCUGUGAAUAAAGAUGAUGAAAGCUCAUUCAAGCAGAAUGUGGAAAUGGAUAGGCUUAUAGAUAUGUUAAGAGCUGCAAGUGAUAAAGAACUUCAGAAACUUGUUGCUGAGAAUGUCCUUGCUUUCAAUGAGAGCUUUUGGAUGAGAAUAGCUGCUAGAGCAGAUACCUGCAUCUCUGAAGAUGACAAAAAAGACCUUGAAGAUCUAGCAUCAUUCAUAAUGAGCAUGGUGGAUCGUAUUGUGCAUAAGACACAUGAAAACAUAGAGUCUGCUACUGAUGUUCUUAAAGCCAUCUUAAGACCUGUAGUUCAUGAAACGCAGGACGUUGUUUGGCCUCCAAGGGAUCCUGAAGCUCUCAGCCUUAUGGAGAAAGAAUUAAACCAAAGGGAACAAGAAGGCCAACUAGAUGAAGGGUUCCUGUCAGAAGUUAAUGCACAACUGCGGAAUGCAAUAGAAGAUGGGAGCAAGCCUGGACUUCAAGCUAUGCUGCAAAGAGUUCUUCAGCUCUAUGCUUCCAGAGUUCUCUCUAAGCGUAGUUAUGCACGAAAAGGGAAUGAGGUUCUAAAAGCUGAACAGUUUCUAGAGACAAUAAUUAAAGCUCCUGAAGAAGAAUGGAAUAGGCUGUUGAGGGAGGGCAUGACUGUGGGCAAAGGUGAUAUAUCACCAGAGGAAUUGCAUUCGGCUGUUAAGAAGCGAAUAGAGCGAACAUUAAUACGGACGCAAGGUGGCUCUUACGAGCAGCGAGUUCUUGUGGAGUAUUUGAAAGGCAUUCAGUCCAGAGUCGAAGAAAUCGUCCAUGGUUCUGCACAUGCCAUAUUGCCAUGUGAAUAAAAAGGUGUUGGGUCGUUUGGCCCAAUCAAAUUGUACUUUAAACCACAUUUCCUCUGGACUAAGGCAAACUUGAAAUGAUGUCAACUUUUUUAGCAUAGGAUCAGCUUGUUUUGGUCCUAGUCUUAUUUUGUGUGAAUGAUUAUGAUCUUGUUCUCAAAGAAACUCGCUUUCUAAUA